AACAUAAUAGAUAGUGGGUGGGAAUGCCUAGCAUCAUGGCAGUGUUUUAUGGCUAAGGUGCGGGCUGGUUCAUGGAGAGAAUGCAGAUGGAUACGGUCCCUACGUAAACAGCGUAGGUGCGCAGUAAUGGAGGGCGCGGUUUCCUCGAGCUUUAUUUCCCCCCGCGGCUUCCGUGCAGCUGAACGCGGAAGACAAACGCAAAGCCCAGGAGUCCCGUCGAACUUCCUCUGGACACUGGAUUUAGUUUGGAGCCUGAAUUCAUAAUCUGACCAAAUUGUUUAGUUAGCCAUGUGGCCUAAUCAAGGUCCUCCUGCUCCAAUGGGUCCAUCAAACCCUGCAUAUCCGCCUGGUUACAACCCUGCAUGUCCUCCUGUCCAUCCACAAGGAGUCUUCCCCCAGGCUCCAAACCCAGGUUACCCAGCUGGUCAGUACCCGGCUGGUCAGUACCCGGCUGGUCAGUACCCGGCUGGGAUGAACCCUGCCAUGGUACCUACAGGUCCUCAAGGGAUGAUGCCUUAUGGAGCUCCUGGACCGAAUACUUAUCCCAUGGCCCCAGGUGGAUAUCCAGGCGUCCCACCUGCUUGUGUUUACCCUGGUCCCUACCCACACUCUCCAAAAGGGGGUCACCACAAAGGUCACCACAAAGGCCAUCAUCAUGGAGGUGUCCAUCCCAUGGCUGGAGGGGUGGCUGGGGGAUUAGCAGGAGUGGGAAUUGGGUUGGUUGGACACAAAGCCAAUAAAAAGAUGAAGAAGAAGAUGAAGAAAGCAAAUAAGGGCCACAAGCAUGGGCAUCAUAAACAUGGCAAGUCUUCCAGCAGCAGUAGCAGCAGCAGCAGCAGCGACUCAGAC